AAAUGAAGCAAACUUAAAAGCCCAAUGCAUUUUUGACACAAAGCAAGUAAAAGAUUUUAAAACUCAGAAUGCUUAGACCUCUUACUAGAGGCAAACUUUUUUUUUUUUUCCCCCUGAUCUUUUUACAAGAAAAUUACCCGGAAACUUUGAACCUAGUGUACCUAAACUGAAAAAGGAAGGGAUGAUGACACUGAGGUGGAGGAAAUUCCUGUAAAGGAAACAACUCAACAGUGUUCAGCUAAAGCUAACCACAAUUUGUAUCGUGUAGUGUAGGAUGUGCAGAAAGUAAGAUGAUUCUUAAAGAAAAUGUCUCCGAAUGUCAACCAAAAUUGAUAAAGAAAAUAAUGCUCACUUUUUGUUGGAUUCUAGCAUUGUUUGUCACUGGAGCAGAAGUUAGAGAGAUUAAUUUGCCAGGGUGUUUCCAUGCAAAGCCUCAAUUAUGGUAUCGCACUAUUAGUGAUGAGGAGUUUGUUUUACGAUGCGCUUUACCAGCUGAAGAUGCCACCAACAUUUAUAAAAAUUCACCUGUAAAACAACAUGAGGUGAAAUGGUUCUGGCGUCAGAAAGACAAAGAGCAUCUGGAAGCUAUCAGGGAAAGCACUAACCCUGCUCUGCAAGGGGAUGCACUUUGGUUUAAACCAGUAAGGGACAAUGCUUCUGGAAUCUACAUCUGUAUGAUACGGGAAAAAAUCCCAUGUCUCAAAAUUGUUCUGGAGGUUCAAACAAAAAAGGAGGCAAAAUGUUCGGGUUACGACACAAAUACGCUGUAUCUUCUUGCUGGCAAUGGGAAUUCCAUAUCUUGUCCUGGGACAAAAUGCUACAGCCAUAUAAGAAAGCCAGAUGUAAAAUGGUACAAGGAUGGUCAUCGAGUAAAACACAGGGAAAACAGAAAAAGCCUAAAGCUAAAGCAUAAUGAAAUCUAUUUGAAUCCAACCUAUGUUGAAGAUGCUGGCAUAUAUGUAUGUGAUUACACUCUAUUUGACAAUACUACUAAAUGGACAAUGAGAACAGCAGUUACAGUAGAAGUCAUUGCAAGAAAUACUAUCCAUCCACCAAAUAUUUUGUAUCCCAGUGGAGUGGUUUUCCUUGAAGCAGAGCUUGGAAAGCCCCUUAAGCUGGAAUGCCCAGUACAGUUUGGGUUUGAAAGAGGUUCUAUAAGGAGUGUAACAUGGAAAAGAAACAACAAAGAAAAUAUAGAUGAGAAACUGAACCAGAAAACAAGUGUUUAUGCAAAAGGUUUAAAAGGACACAUACUUCUUCAUGUUGCCAAACUGGAGGAAGUUUCUGAGAUGGACUUCAGAAGCAACUUCACGUGCUUUGCUCAAAAUUCUGUGGGGAAUGCUACUGCUGUGAUCCAGCUGAAAAGAAAACGGAGAGUGUUUCUCUUAUAUAUACUAUGCAGUGCCAUUUCUAUCCUCUUUGCAUUCCUUUCGUGCACUAUUUUUAUUUACCAGCACUGGAUUGAAAUAGUGCUGAUGUACCGAAGCUAUCUGGUCCACAAUGAAACUACAGGAGAUGGCAAAGAAUUUGAUGCAUUUGUGUCCUAUGCAAAAUCAGACUCUUCUGAAAGCGACUCUGCUUUUAUUAGUGAGGAAAAAUUUGCCCUGGAGCUUCUUCCAGAUGUGCUUGAAAACAACUAUGGGUACAAGUUAUGUAUUCUUGAAAGAGAUAUUCUUCCAGGAGGAGCAUACACAGAUGAAGUUGUCACAGCCAUUAGACAAAGCAGAAGAAUAAUUAUUAUUUUGAGCCCAGCCUAUGUCAGCGGACCAAGCAUCUUUGAACUGCAGGCAGCAGUGAACUGUGCAUUGGAAGACAAAAAGAUCAAACUGGUUUUAAUAAAGUUCCAGGCUUUCCAAGAGUCAGAGACUUUGCCUCCAGUAGUUAAGAAGGCCCUUAGGAUUUUACCAACCAUUACCUGGAAGCCCUCUGCAUCUUCUGCUCCGAACAAGAAGUUCUGGAAAUAUCUGUGUUACCACAUGCCUGUGAAUACUACUAAGGUGCUGGGAGAAUGCAGCCUAAAGGCUUUUUUCAAAGGUUAUUCAGCCUGGUACAUCGAUAGCAGAAAUAUCACAGAGGGAUGACUGCAGUCUCAGGAGUGAUGACAUGAUUGUUAAAGACCUUUUUAUACAUCAGCUGACUGUUGUGGACUGUCACUUCAACCAGUAAUAGCUCACUCCAAAACAGUGAGAAGGACUACAGAGUGAAUGUGCUACAGCACACAGUAAAACUACAUGGCACUUCACACAACCAUAAAUGUGAACUAUUUUUAGUAAUUUAUUAUUAUUAUAUUUAUUAUUUUGUUUUACUGUGAUGCUGAGACAUGAGAAUGUUUUGCUCCUUAUACUGUAUUUCUGCUGAAACAUUUUAAUAUAUAUAUAUUUAUUUUUUUUCUACAAAAAGGAUUAAAAAAGGGAACUCCAGAGAAA